CGUGCCUCGGUUGCCACCGCUGCCAUGCCAUUACCGAUCUUACCAGUCACACGGACACCAAAACGAUGACGGCCAGUUGCUUUUCCUCCGUUACUUACGUCCAUUGCGUUACAUUAUUUUUCCUCGGUGUUUAUGUACCUAUACUGUGCUGCGACGUGUAUAAAAAUACUUAACGUCGUGUAUGCGCAUGAUGCACUACUCAUUCUUUUAUCGGUAUCGGCGCGCGCUCGAGUGUUUCGUCGUUAACUCGACCAACUCAUCGGCAAUCGAGUAGUGUGUCAAGUUCUAUUGUACCGUGAGGAGCAACAACGACAAUUGUGCUUGUGUGUACAUAGUGAAAGAAAAAGAAAAAAGAAAAAGAAAAUAAAAGUAGUGUACAUUAUAAGCAGUGAACCUUUACAAGUACCCGUGACAAUAUAAUAUUAGGAGUAUAGGAGCAAUGAACGCGUUCAGCUCGAGCGGCCUGUACACGAUGCGAAUGGGGGUCGAGGAGUCGAAGCGCUCGCGAGCGCGGCUGUUGGCCACCCGGCCGAUCGAGUCGCCGUGCCCGCCGGAACGUGACGGGCGCAGGUCCUCGUCCUCGUCGUCCUCGUCCUCCUCGACUCACUACGCCGAGCCGACGUUUCCCGGUGGCAGACCGGGACAAGCCGCCGACAGCAACGAGAUCGUCGAUGCUCCGGUGCUCGCUUACAAUAAGCAGUACGAUUGGAAAUGCGAAGUGAGCAUAUCGUCGGCUCGGGCCUCGGUGAUGGUCUACGACGACGUGAACAAGAAGUGGGUGCCGUCGGGCAGCUCGUCGGGUUUGUCCAAGGUCCAGUUGUACCACCACCAGGUGAACAACACCUUCCGAGUGGUCGGCCGGAAACUCCAGGACCACGAGAUAGUGAUGAACUGCGCGAUACUGCGCGGCCUCAAGUACAACCAGGCGACCGCCAAUUUCCACCAAUGGCGCGACAACAAGCAAGUCUACGGGCUCAACUUUUCCAGCAAAGAGGACGCCGACGCCUUCGCCAAGGCCAUGCUCUCGGCUCUCGAUAUACUGAGCGGUAAUGGCACGACGAUACCCCGGACUAUCGGCCAACAAGCUCCCGCCACUCAGCAGCCACAGCAGCAACCGCCGAUGAACUAUCCUCAGCAGCAGCAGCAGCAGCAGCAAAUCGUCCAGCAACAGCCGAACGGACAGUACGAGGAGGACAUGGGAUAUAGGACCAUGACGAGGGAGGACGUCGCUAUAAUUCAGGAGCGCAGGAUGUCGUCCCAGCAGCAGCAACAAAACCAAGUGCCCAAUGGUCUCAACGCAAUAUCACCCAGUUGCCCGUCGAACAUGAGCCAACAGCAGCAGCAGCAGCAGCAACAGUCGGGUCACCACAGAACCUCGUCAGCGCCUCCGGCCCCGGCGCCCCCGGGUCAGCAGGCAGUGGUGAUUCAACAGCAGCAGCAGCAGCAGCAGCAGCAGCAGCAGCAGAUGCCCCCAGUGCCACCGCCUCAGCCACCAGCGGCGCCACCGGCUCCGUCGAUGAUCAACUUCCCCGGGGCCAUCGCACAACAGUACGCGCAGUCGCCCCAGUCCCAGCAGGCAGCCUCAGCGGGGGUUGGCGGGAUCUACGGGACGACCGGCGGCCAGCCACAGCAGCAGCAGCCUCAGGGUCCCCAGACGAUGGUGUACCCGGUGCAACAGUACACUCCGAACAAUCAGUACGGCAGUCGGGCGUCCCUGAACAGUCAGUACGCGGCGCUGCCCUCGACAGCUGGCCCUUACGUCAGCCAGGGUCCGUACGGCCCGGUCGUGUCGCAGCAGCCCCUGGCGCAGACCGCCACCGUCGUCUCGGCCGCCGGUAGUCCCGUGAUCGUCAACCCCUACGGCACGCCGGCGAAUAGCAUCAAUCAGGCCUACAUCAGCACCCAACCCGAGGUGGUUAAUGCUUAUGCUCCCGUUGGCAGUGUCGCCGCGGCGGCGGCUGGCUUGAACCAAGGCCUCGUCCAGCAGACGGUGGUCUCUGCUCCGCCGCCUCCGCCCCCGAUGGCGCCGCACAUGCAGUUGCAGCAGCAACAGCCACCGCAGCAGCAGGUGUCGGCCCCGCCUCCGCCUCCGCCACCGCCAGCGCCAAGCGCCAGGCUGGUGGCGCAAGACGAUGGUCCGCCACCUGCUCUCGACGUCAACUCGCUCGCGGCUGCUCUGCAGGCCAAGCUCAGAAAGAAACAGCAAUCUCAGGCUGUAGAAAACAGUGGAUCGAGCACGAGCAGCAGCGGAAGCGGAAAUUACGGGACUCUGGGACGCAGCAGCGGAGACGGAGGCGAAGGAGUCGGCAUCAACGCUAUGAUGGUCGAAAUGGCCAAAACUCUAGCUCGCCGAAGAGCUGCUGUUGAAAAGAAGCAGCCCGACCAAACACCGGAACCCGAUAGUUCACCGGAUAAAAAAUCCUGGGACAAAAGUAAUUCCUCGAUCUCAAAUAGUGCUAGCAAUAAUAAAUUCUCAAAUGGCGCCGAAUCACCGAAAGCUCAUCGCAAGAGGUUUGGCUCCGCGUCCGAAGAUACUCUACUGAAGGUUAACGGCGUCAACGAAGGCCCGUCGAUCACGCCACAAGAGAUGGACGCUUUCAAAGCGGAACUCGUGAAGGAGGUCCGGAAAGAGAUCCAAAAAAUGAAGCUCGAGAUUAUUGAUGCUCUAAAAAGUGAACUGAAUAGAAGGUAAAGGUGAAGGGCGUAAAUAAAACAGACUGGAUUCAAGUAAAUGAAGUGGUCUAACAAUAGUGACGAACGAACGAGAGAUUUGACUAGAUAGCUCAAUCGAAGCAUCAUCGACAUUUACUCAAACCCAUCUACAUAAAUACGAGCACGCGCGUGUGUGUACGUAAGUUUUUAUCACGCAAUCGCGAGUACAGUGUAGUUAUAUCCAUGUAUAUCAGCCAUUUGUGUGUAAGUACGUUAUUAUAUAGCUUGAUAUAUUAUAUAUCACGAAGUAAAAUUUAAAAAAAAGUAAUAAUAAUAAAAUAAAAAAUAAACAAAGACGGACGCAGGCUCGUUGCAUUUUAAGGAUAAGUGAGGACACGUGGUGAAGAAAAAAAAGUCGUCUACCGUGCGAGUACGUCAAAGUGUAAACGCGAGUUUAUGAGAUGAUUUUUUUUUUUUUUUUUAAUUAAAAAAAAACAAUUUCCUAUUUGUUGCACAAACUGUAAUUGUUUCAUUACGUACAUUUUUUAACUGUAUAAUGUACCUGCUUCGAUGAAAAAUUAGCGUGUUACGGUUUUUUUAUACAUGCACGGACGUGUAUGAAAUCUCUGGAGCUUUGACAGACUCGUACCUUUUGUGAUUUUGCAGCGACUCGGCGACCUUUUUUUUAUUGGAUCAAAUGAGUGGGCACGUAAAAAUGUGCAACACGCACAAUAAAAAAUUUUUAAAAAAACAGACAAUCUCUCCUACUUAUUGACGAAGCCAUGCUUUACUAACCGAAAAAUUUAACACACACUGCCAAUCAUUAAUAUUAUCAUGACGUAUUGCCUAUGCAAUAAAAACUCACUCAGUUGAUGGAACAAGUUGCGGUCCAUAAAUCACUUUCUGGAUUGUUUGAUUUCUAUUAAAAUCUGAAGUAUUGUUGUUUGUGAAGCACACAUGAGUAGAUUUUUACAAACCACAUAAAAGAUAAAUAAAACUUGUGAUUUUUUUACUUUUUAGUUUACGCAAAUAAUUGAUAAUCCUAUUCGAUAAUGUGUUUACAAUUUAUUUACCUUACAAAGCUGUUUCCAUAUUGUCGGGUUUACAAAGCGUUUAUAUCAUUAUUACAGUUAUUCUACUUAUAAAGGUGUCCAGGGACUUUUAACGUUUUUUUUGUAAAACAAACUCGUGGCGUUUAUGGGCAUUCCGCAUUUUGAAAUUUACUUUCUUUAUAAAAUAUUACAAUGUCAACGAGUGUGUUCACAUUCCGCGAAAAACUUGAGAAAUCUUCAACUUUUUUCGCAUCGAUAAACUGCCUUUUUUUGUAUAGAUGUUUACACAUUUUUGUAUUGUGAUCGUCAUGAUUUAGAAAAAUCACGUGUUUGAUGCAUUUUACCCACUUUUUGAGUCCAAGCGUGUAAUUAAACUUUUAAACUUGAUCUUUAAAUAAGAGAACUUUUGAAACACGAUAACUAUUCGAGUUACUUUAAAAUUGACGGCGCGAUAACGAAAAAAUUUUUAUACGAAACAAAAUCAGUUUGCCUACACUUUAUACAAAAUAAAACGAAAAUUUCUGAAAAGUUUACAUAUUUGUCGGAAAAGUAGGAUGUAAAUUAAAGAGAAAAAAAGAAAAACAAAAAAAAAUUGAGCAUAAUCGAAUUGUACGACUCGAGUGAUGACGAAAAGUAGGCUAAAGAGAAAGAGAAAAAAAAAUUAGUAUAACACAAGAUGACUGGUCGUGCGAGCGAGCAACGGAUUUAAACUCUAUUAGGAACAAGAAUGUGUGAGACUCUUAUUAAAGUAUUCUGUCUUGCUAAGAUUUUCCAGAUUAUUGAGGCGCGAGACUUUCUGCGUUGUCGGCAUCCUUGAACGCUUAUUCUCGAGCUUCCACCGACCACUUUUUCAAGUAAUUCAACCCUAAUAAUAUCUGUACAGUCGUUAAGUGGAAUCGUCCAGUGCGAAAGCUGCUGUUGUUUUUAUUCACAUCAACGCAUUAUACGACGUUCCACUUUGCGGCUUAGUUUUUUUUUUACUUUGGGGAAAUUUCGAGAUGGCGAAUUUUCUAGUCUAGACACGACGAGCAAAUGUGUAACGCGAGUAUAGUUUCAUCGGUGGAAAUCGGCGAAGCGUCUCAAAAGUAAUUAAACGAUUAAAUUUUAGUUAUUUAAUGAAACGAACACGAAAAAGAAAGAGAGAAGGGGCGAAACAAAGACAGGAGGAAGCAGACGAUUGUCUUUUAAUUUUCGUAGAGGGGAAGCAGAGAAAAGUGGAAGUAAGACGAAAUAAAGAAAAAAAGAAAAAAAAUUAAAA